AUGACUGAUUCGACUUCUCGGAAGGCGCUCUUGCAGCCGAGGCUGUCGCUGGGACUGCUAGUUCUACACGUUCUGCUUGGGCUGCUAGUGAUGGAAGCGUCGGCGGCGUACAGAGGGGCUUCGUUUUUACCGACCGCGGCGGAUGAGAUUGUGAGAGCUGCGGGAACUGGAGUGGUGGACAACCUCGCCUCCGCGCAAUGUCCCUCUGGCAAAAGCAUCAUUUGGGGCUUCAAAUGGUCGUGGUCGACUGGUCAAGACAGUUUACCAUCAUGCUUCGCAGACAAUAACGGGCCGUGCAAUACGGGCGCUGCCAUCACCGGUUUGACGCAGCAGACGGCUUAUGGUGCUGGGGCGCAAACCGCCUCCUGUCCUGCUGGCACCGUCAUUGUUUAUGGGUUUUCCUUCUUCAUGAGCGACGGACUGGCCAACACCAACUGUCUCUACAACAACAAGGUCUGCGAUCUGGGCCAGCAAUCUUGUUCAACUUCUAGCUGCUCAACAAGGCAUUGUGGCGGAAGUGGGGGCGAUGAGUAUUCGUUCAUCUACCUCCUGUGCAUGCCAUCCGCAGCAGUAACAUUGAGCUCUGCAGAUUUCGUGUCGAAGACAGGAACAUCGGGCGCUGAUAGCGUUGCUUGCCCGGACACUUCCAAUUACAAAAUCAAGUUUGGCGUGGCAAUGCAUGAAACGGGUUUUUAUUACGACCAAAAUCCGUCCAACUGCCUCAUGUUAAACAAUCAGGCUGCUACGUAUAACAGCGACAUUCUUAAUCAUGUCGCUUGCGACACCUACGACGACAGUUGCAACAACGACCAGUUCUUCCUGCACGCCAUCUGCGUGGACGUCAGCGCACCUUCCACGCCCUCCAUCACUUCACCGACCCAAAAUCAGAUCGUUCGGACCAACUCGGUCACAUGGACUUUUACGGCGACCGACGCUCAGUCCGGCAUUGACCACUACGAGUGCCAGUUUUCGUCGAGUGGCGCAUGGACGACUUGCACUUCCAAUCAAGUGUCGACCUUGGAUGUGGGCACCUAUUCUUUCCAAGUUCGCGCUGUCAACGGAGCGGGCCUGACAUCAUCCAGCUCGGCGCUCACAUUCUCGGUUGCGUGCCCCUCGGAGUGCGCUACUUGCAGUCCAUCCGAUGUGAAUGUGUGCCAAUCGUGUGCGUCUGGAUUCUACUUGUCUGGAACAUCGUGCGUCUCGACCUGCCCUGAACCAAACUGGGGCAAGCCUGACGGCACCUGUGGCGAUUCCUGUCCUGCGAACAACCCAUAUUAUGCCGAUUCCAGCAACCACCUUUGUGUUGAAAGCUGUCCUGCUCCCAACUAUUUUGGUGAUGCUUCUCGAAACUGUGUCACACCCUGCCCCGAUGGAACGUACGGAAACCCCUUGAGUUCUCCUCGUGUUUGCGUGUCAGCUUGCACAGGCGGGUACUAUGCCGAGCCAAUCAGCAAGGUUUGUGUCCAGACUUGUCCUGCUGGGACUUAUGGCGACGGUCUGCGGACUCCGCCGUCGUGCUCGGCGAGCUGCACUAGUGGCACCUUGAAAGAUGACAGCACUCGACAAUGUGUUGCGAAUUGCCCAGCCAACUCUUGGGCGGAUUCUCCGACUGGAAGCUGUGCUUCGAGCUGUUCUUCGGGACUUGUCAAACAAAAUUCAACUUGGACGUGCGUGACUGCAUGUGAUGGGAGCCUCUUUGCAGAUUCUUCAAGCGGAUCGUGCGUUGUGUCAUGUCUGUCGCCGACGUACGCAAAUUCUCUUGCUACUCCGCCAUCGUGCUCGGCGAGCUGCACUGGUGGACGCUUCAAAGAUGACAACACUCGACAAUGUGUUGCGAAUUGCCCAGCCAACUCUUGGGCCGAUCCCUCAACUAGCAGCUGUGCCUCGACCUGCUCCGUCGGGCUUGCGCACAAUGCCACCUGGUCUUGCGUCAACACUUGCACUGUCGGCUAUGCCGACAACUCGACUCAGUCGUGCGUGACUCGAUGCCCAAGCGGCACUUUUGCUUUGAAGCCGUCUCAUUCAUGCGUCGCUGCGUGCCCAUCUGGCUACAACGCCUCCAACUCCACCAGCUCGUGCGAUGACGGCUCUUCUGGCGCUCAAAGCAAUGGUGGCAGCAGCCGUGUUGCCGCAGCUGCUGGAGCCGCAGCAGCAGGCGUCGUUGUUCUGAUUGCGAUCGUGGUCGCGGUUGUACUUUUGCGUCGAAGGAAGCAAGGCCGCAGCAACCACAAGAUGGAAAGCACUUCCGCUUCUAUCGAAAUGACCAACCCGAACUUUGCUUUGAGCCACGAUCCAGUCUACGAUGUUGCUGGUCAAACCAAGCAAAAGAGCUCUUACCCUGCCUCGGCUGACUACGCACUGCCGCUCAAGCCAAACCCCAGCGAUCCCGAGUAUGCCGCGGUCGGAGGAUUGCCUUAUUCUACGCCGUCAAUUGAGUACAGCCUUGCAGUGGUCUCAACAUCUGCAAUGCUGUCAUCGCAGAUAGCCACUGGCGAGCGCAAGCUGCUCGGACGAGGCGCCUUUGGAGAAGUGUUUUCCGCGAACGUGUCCAUUGCCCUCAUUGCUCCCCAGCAUCGCCACCUGUUUGCCCCUGGCGCGCAGACGGUGGAUGUCGCAGUCAAGACUCUGCAAUUGGAUGCGAACGUUCGAGCGGAGCAAGACUUUGUGCACGAGGCCGAGCUCUUGCGCAGGCUGAACCACACCAACAUUGUCAAUGUCCUCGCGGUGCUCCCAGCCGGACGAGGUCAGCCGCAAAUGCUCGUUCUGGAGUAUGUGCCGUAUGGUGAUCUCCGCAAUCUGCUCCGGAAAUCGGCAAAGAGUGGUGUCGUCUGGUCGCUAGACGAGUAUGUGCAUGUGGCUACCGGUGUUGCCGAAGGCAUGGCGUACUUGGAGCAAUCGCGUGUGCUUCAUCGUGAUUUGGCCGCACGGAAUAUCCUUGUUGGCGAGCAUCUGGUCGCCAAGAUUGCCGACUUUGGCUUAUCCAGGGAGCUGAACGACAAGGACUAUUACAAGUUGCAGUCGAAGCAGAAGUUGCCGAUUCGCUGGAUGGCGCCCGAAACACUCAACUAUCGCAAGUUCUCGAGCCAAUCGGAUGUAUUCUCGUAUGGCGUUGUGCUUUGGGAGCUCUUUACAAUGGGCCAAGUACCCUGGGCGAAGGUCGAACGCGAGCAGUACCUUGUGGGUCUGGAGCGCGGCGAUCGUUUGCCGCACCCUCGGGACUGUCCUGCGCAACUCUACUCGCUGAUGUUGACGACCUGGGAAUGGGAACCCUCUGCACGCCCUUCGUUUGCCGACUGCGUGCUUUUGCUUCAGCAGGGCCGUUCGCCACGCGGCACAGUUCGCGAUUUGGGGGCUUUGGUGCAUUGAUUUGUCGAUGAACGCUUCUCCAAGCCCUGGUCUUGCCAUGUACUUAUUAUCACUAUGGUAUACUAACAUGCGAUGGUGGAAUCGGGA